AUGCUGGGGAGCCUCUGCACUCUCAUCACUGCUCUAACAUGUAAGAGAUUCUUCUCAGUCCUUUACCACACCAUCAUUUCACACACACACCUUUGACUCUUGUCUUUUUCUCUGUGUUUUUUUUACAGAUGUUGAUGCAGUGAAAGUUCUGACCCAGACUCCUGCUGUCCUCACAGUUUCUCCAGGACAAGAGGCUGUUCUCAGAUGUAAUGUUCAGAAACAUGAAAAUUAUGUCAGCUGGCACAAACAGGUUCCUGGUGAAGCUCCUCAGUAUGUUCUGAGAUUCUAUCAUUCUCUGAGUUCACCCGACAACUAUGGAUCAGGAUUCUCCUCAGACAGAUUCAACUCUAAAACCACAUCAAACAUAGAUUAUCAGUUCAUCAUAAAGAGAGCAGAGGCAGGAGACACUGCUGUUUAUUACUGUCAGACAUGGGAUAGCUCUGCUUCUGCAGCUGUAUCACAGUGAUUUACACCAUGACAAAAACCUCACUCACAGUCUGACUACAGUGUCUUUAAAAUCUGACCACAUUAACUCAAGAAAACCAGAAAAACUUCAAUCAAAGCAGAAAGAUCACUGAAUAAACUCUUAUAAAAUGAUGAAAUCCUCAGAUUAAAGUCCAUCUUUGUUUUGAUAAAGUGAUCAGAGAUGAAAGAUUGAGACGUUGAGAGUGAAAGUUGGUCUCAACAGGAUGUUUCAGUUCCUCUCCCCUCAUUAGUGAGAGUCAGGAGGUUUUUGUACGGCCAUGUAUACAAACUGAAUCACUGUGGUAUUCGGACAAGGAACCAAGCUGAUCGUCUCAGGUAAGUUCUUUAGAAAUCAUCUUUAAAUAGGAUUGUUUCUCUGAUUCUGACAAAACAUGGCACAGUUAUCAUGUUAAUAACUCUUAAAUGAACAUUUUCAGUAAAUAAUAGACAUAAUUUUCUCUGUUUGAUGUUUAUUCUCUGUUACUUGGCAGCAUGUUGGUUCUUCUCAGAGAGUUUGAGGCUGAGACGUUUUUAACUUUAAAGAAAAAGUGAAACACACUGACUUGAUAUAAUUCAUUAUUGUUUGUAUGGGUUAAAAUUUCACAAUAACAUGUUCAAUAAUAUACAAGUAUAAUCUGAUGAAGUUACUGUUGAGCAGUCUGUGAGACUAAUAACAGAGAUAGAAUAAGUUACUGUAUUUUUGGAUCAUAUCAAAUUUGCUGAAUUGAAGUUGCUUUUUAUGGUUUCAUGUAAAUCUGAUUCAGUUUUAGAGUCUUUGUCUUUUAUUUUGUGAGUUUGAUCGGCUGUAAAAGCAGAUGACGACUUAUAAAUGGUUUAUGAUUUCAAGAGCUCUGAACUUGGAAAAUUACAGACUGAGUCUUUAAAAAGUUAAACUGGUGUAAUUUUAGUUUCUACAGGCUGAUGUAACAUGUUUUCACUUUUUAAAAGGAUGUAGUCAGACCGGGUUUAUUGUGAACACUGCACAUUGAUCCCUCUUUUUAUUAUUGACCUAAUCUGUGACUGUCGUGUGUGUUUGUGUGUUUCAGGCUCCAGCCUCUCUCCUCCCGUCCUCACAGUCUUCCCUCCGUCCCGUGCUGAGCUCCAGUCCAACAAAGCCUCUCUGCUCUGUCUGUCCAGUCAGUCUGUGCCUUUUGCAGAUGUGAGCUGGUUGGCUGCUGGGAGUCCAGUGAGCAGUGGGGUCUCCACCAGCACGGCUGUUCGGAAAGCGGACCAGACUUUCCACAUCAGCAGCUCUCUGUCCAUCACCCCCUCUGAGUGGACCACGGGCAAAGUCUUCACGUGUAAAGUGUCUCUGGGCUCUCAGACUUCACAGAAAGAGAUCAGCAAGUCCAGCUGUCCCUCUGCAGAAGAGUAG